AUGGCUGAUAUAACUGAAGCACAAGCAUUAAAACUAGUACCUGUGUUUUUGGAAGGACAUGCUAAACAAUGGUAUUCGGACAACAAGGAAACAUUUGAAACUUGGAAUGUAUUUAAAACUGAAUUUAUUCGAACCUAUUCUUCACCAACAACCACACAAUUAGCGUCAAAUCGUUUACGAACUCGUUUACAACAUUACGAUGAACCUGUUUUUGAAUAUUAUACUGAUAUUAUGAAAUUUUGUAAGUUAGUUGAUCCUACUAUGACUGAUGCAUCUAAACUUGAUCACCUAUAUCACGGUUUAAAACAUUCAUC